CCGCUUCGUUUGGACUCUCGUUUAAAAAAAAAAGAUUUGUAAGCUUGCACGAUAAUAUUUUCAUGAAUAAUGAAAUAUUUAUUAGUUUUAGUCUUUUUUAAGACACGUUACACAAAUUCACGCAUAUAACGGAGGUGAUAUCCGCCACAGGAGCUCCGUUUUGUCGGUACACAGGUCGCUCGUCAAAGUAUUGGAACGUUGUUUAUAUACACGCUUUCCGCCUUGCUGAUGCUGCAUUCAUGUACAACACGAAUUCUCACAAUCCGGAUGGUUCUAAUGAUAAACGGCGUCUUCUUACAAAACUUAUUUAAAGAUAUUUAACUAACUUGUUGUCUUGAAUUCAUAACUAAAUAUUUUUACACUUUAGUUGGGUUAAGCCGCUUCGAUCAUAAACAAACACGGCGUGAGUUUGUUUUUUCCCGACAUUUCCUUCGGAUGUGAACGCAGCAUAAUAUAUAUGUGUCUUCACGUCCACUUCCAACAUUCUGUCUCAUGGAGUGAUUCACGUUGUCCUAAAUGUGGUUAGGACCUUAAAACAGAAAAACACACACCGUAGUCUGAAGUUUAAGUGCAGACAUGCCACUUUCUGCCUGUGCACCCGGUUCAAGGGUUUCGGACCCGCAGCAUUCCCAGAAACUUCUCAGAGUCCUUCGAGUUUUCUGGCAGGAGCAAAGUUUUCACGAUGCGCUGCUGGUGGUUGAUGGAGAGGAGCUGCCCGUCCAGAAAAACAUCCUGGCUGCUGCUAGCCCGUAUAUCAGGACCAAGCUGAACUAUAAUCCUCCGAAGGAAGAUGGGUCCACAUACAGGAUUGAGCUGCAGGGGGUCUCCAUGUCCAUCAUGAAGCAGAUCCUGGACUACAUCUUCAGCGGUGAAAUCACUCUGAAUGAAGACACCAUCCAGGACAUGGUGCAGGCCUCUGACCUUCUCCUCAUGACCGACCUCAAGAAUCUGUGCUGCCAGUUCUUAGAGAGCUGCAUCACUGCGGAGAACUGCAUCGGCAUCCGGCUCUUCUCUCUUCAUUACUGCCUUUACCACGUCCACUACGUCGCCACCGAGUUCCUGCAGACGCAUUUCAGCGACGUGGCGGUCUCUGAGGAGUUCAGGGAGCUGCCGCCGGACCGGCUCUGCGAGGUGCUGUCCAUGGAGAAGCUGAACGUGGGCAACGAAAAGCGCGUGCUGGAGGCUGUGGUGCGAUGGUUCGCGCAUGAUCCAGAGGAUCGCAGGGUACACAUGAAGGAAGUGAUGUCUGCUGUAUGGCUGCAGGGCCUGGACAUCAGCUACCUGAGAGAGCAGGCCAUGGGAGAGCCGCUGAUGAGGGAGGUGAUCAGGGAGCACUGUCAGAAAGUGCUCGGGGAAGGCACGCUGCAGGGCGAGGCUCUGCUCGCUGCCUUCAAACCCAGAGGUUACUCAGAGUGUAUCGUUGUGGCCGGAGGAGAGGAUCGCAAAAGCAGGAAGCCGACCGCUGUGACGCGCUGCAUGUGUCCACUCUAUGACACCAACAGACAGGCCUGGAUCGAGCUGCAGCCGAUGAGUGUGGCUCGCCUCGGCCACGGGAUGGUCGCUGCCGAGGGUUUUCUGUUUGUGAUGGGAGGAACCGAUGAACACAACACAGUCCUGGACAGUGGAGAGAAAUAUGACCCAGAGUCCAACACCUGGAGCCCCAUACCCCCAAUGCUACAGGCUCGUCAGAACUUUGGCGUGGUGGAGCUGGACGGUCUGAUCUACGUCCUCGGAGGAGAGACCAAAGAAACCGAGCUGAUCACCGUUGAAGUGUUCGACCCUCACUUCAAUACCUGGAAAAUGCAGACCAGCAUGACCAUGAUCCGCAAGGUCGGCUGCUAUGCCGCGAUGAAUAAGAGGAUCUACGCCAUGGGUGGGGGCUCCUACGGGAAGCUGUUUGACUCUGUCGAAUGCUUUGACCCCAAAACCCAACACUGGACGGGCCUCUGUCCUCUGAAAGAGAGGAGGUUUGGUUCGGUGGCAUGUGGUGUCGGCCAGGAGCUCUACGUGUUCGGCGGAGUCAGGAGCCAAGAACAAGAAAACGCAGAGCAAAGGCAAAUGCUGACCUGCAAGUCCGAGUUCUACCACGACGAGAUGAGGAGGUGGAUGCUCCUGGAUGACCAGAACUUGUGCAUCCAGACCAGCUCGUCCUUCGUUUACGGCGCUGUGCCCAUCGGAGCCAGCAUCUAUGUAGUGGGAGACCUGGACACGGGAACAAGCUUCGACUACAUCCGGGAGUUUCGCCGCAGCACCGGGACGUGGCAUCGCACGAAGCCCAUGUUACCCAGCGACCUCUCCAAAACGUCCUGCGCCGCCCUGCGCAUCGCCAACUGUCGGCUGUUCCGCCUUCAGCUGAGCCAGGGCAUGUUUCGAAUCCGAGUCUGACUCCGCUUUUGCACACCGGUACUUUUUCCUGCUGUAGGUCUGGGUUUAGGGGUUUUAUGAAGACUAAAGUAUUCUAGUAGCUAGAUGUUGAGGAUUGUGACUCCGUUCAGGGGUUUUUACUCGAGACCCUUUUCCUGUACGACCCGACGGGACAAAAGCUCACACAUUUUUGACACUAUAGGUUUUUAUUGCUAAUUUUAAUAAUUCUUUUUUGCUUUUAAUCAUGGGAUUUUAUCGGCUUUUCUUUUAUUGGACAUAGAACAACAUUUCUAAUGUUUACUGUGGUCUGUUGCCUGGUGAGGGAUUUAAACUGUAAACUUGAUAAAUUCACAGCCACAUUACGACACAAGAGAUUAGGUUACACCUGUUUUUUUUGUUUGUUUUUUAAGUAUCACUGUUUUGCAAUGUGUUUUUUAGGAUCUGUUAUGUUGUUUGGUCGUUCAUCAUUUAUCUCUCUGGUCAAACGUUAGACCACAUCAUUGUUCAGAUAUGUGCAGCUGCUGCAGUGGGAGUUAAGGGUAGGAAAUGUUUCAGUUAUCUAAAUCUUCGGUGGGAAGAGAGACCUUGAUGUCAGUCCUUUAUAAUCAAAGAGCAACAGGACAUUUUGCAGCAGUCACACAGAGAGAAAUCCACUAUUCAAGGCUAGAUACCGUACCACCUUCUUCUACUUUCACUAGCCUCAGUAUAAACCAGAAUGCAAUGCAACCACUACACCGGGCAUUUUGAGUAAUAGCCCCUUACACACUGUACAAUAACAAUAACCUUAUGGGUUCAAUGCAUGUUGCUCCCCAUAAAAAAAAUCUGUGCUGCAAUCUGUCUCAGACCAUACAGUAUCAAUUUUUGGGAUCUGGGACUGUACGAUGAAUGCCUGGUGAAUCGUACCGCUACAGUGUGAUUACGUCAGCUCGCGUUAACUCACGGCAUCCAUCGGAGCCGCUUACCACUUUUGAAAUACGGCAAAACAAACGAACAAAAAAAAAAACAGGCUGUGUGGGCACCGUCUUUGUUUUUAUUUCGAGCUUUAUGUCUGUACGUUUAUGACGUGGGUUGUCGUUGUUUGAAUCUGGUUGGGUUGGAUAGAUGGGUCAAGACCAUUUUCUAGUGACAGUCUAUGUUUCUUUUUAACCCUUUCUCAACACUCACCAACAAGUCGAAGGUCUCCUAACCCGUAACGAAGGUGUAGUUUUCCCCAACCCUUACCAAGUUUUGUGCCUGAACCUGACCACACCUUAACUAUCAGAUGACAGACAAACAACGUCCUCCUGCUGACAGGGGGCAUUACAUCAGAAACAGUCUAUAUGUGUUGCUCCCAAGCGACAUAUAUUGUUUUAUUUGGAUGGCUUGUUGUCUUUGGAGACUGUGUCCAGUCACCAAAGCUCUAAAUCAGCCAACACUGACAUUUCUGUCACAUUUGUCACUCAUACUGGGCAGAGAGAGAAUUAUGUAAGAACCUUCAGUGCCAUGAUUGUCAGCAGAGACCUCUGCUCUGCUGACAUGUUUGCACAUUGGAGCACAAGCGCUUUACUUGGACAGUCAGUUUUUGUCUUUGACCGAGCUGUGUGGUCUCAGCCUGCUCAGAAAUAGACGUCGCUGCGAGCGACGCUUUUGAGUUGCUGGAUGUGUCGCCGCCUUUGUGACCUCUGACCUGGCUUUCCAGUCAGAACAGUUUUGGCAUCCCUUGACCCCAUUUGUUCUGUGUGAGUUACAGCUGCUGCUGUCUGUCCUCGGCUCAGGGGCGGCGAGUAAAAAGUAGACACACACUCCGCGGAGUGGAGCUCACGCGGCGUUAACACAAACACUCAAAGACAAAAGUAAUCAUGCGACACAAAAAUGGAUGUAUAUUUUAAACAAGUUGUGCACGUGUUUUGUUUUGUGGAGAGCUGAGAAAUCUGUUGCGUUAGGAAGAGCUGGACUCGGUGACACGUGUCACCUUUAUAGUAAUCAUGUCAGCAGACAGUUUUUUAAAUGUGUAAACACACAACUUGGGGAUCCAAAUCUAAACAAAACCCACCACAAAAAUACAAGUCCGUAUGCAGUAACUGAGACUGAGAGAGACGGCGUCCUGUCGCACCAGCUGAACCGAAGUUUGAUCCUCAGUUUGAGUGUUAAAGUCAACACGAACGAUUGACGGUACCUGAAUUUACUCAAGUACUGUAUUAAAGUACAAAUUUGAGGUACUUUACUUGAGUAUUUCCAUCUUAUGUUACUUUAUACUUCGACUUCACUACAUCUGAGAGACAAACACUUUUUACUCCACUGCAUUUGUCCAGUGACAGCCACGCCAGCCCUGAAUUUGAAUUCGACCCGGGUCCUUUGCCUCAUGUAAUCCCGUCUCUCUCUCUUUCUCCACCUUUCCUGUGUAAAAAUAAUAUUUAAAAAAACACCACGGGGACCAUUUUACUGCACAAUUAGUACUCUUACCUUUUAAUACUUUAAGUACAUUUUGAUGAUAACACUAACAUACUUUUAUUUAAGUGAAGUUUUGAAUGGUUUUCCUUUGUAGUGAAGUAUUUUUACAGCGUGGUAUUUUACUAAAGUAAAAGGGAUGAAUACUUUUCCACCACUGGCAGGGAGAGACGUUUUGUCCCGUGCGUCGUUCAUCAUAUGAGAAACUUCUACCCAGCAACAGAGGGUCAUAGACUGCUACAUUAAAACAGAGAAAGUAUUGUGCGCUAGCUGACAUGAUAAUACACCUGCUUGUCUCAUCAGUGACUCAAAGAUCAUUUAUCGUCUGUUGUACUUUGAUGUUUUUUGUCACACCGUUACUCUGUGGAGUCGCAGGUCUUAUAAUCCAAGGACCAACAUUAGGCAACAGCUGACUAACUAAGUUCUUUAUUAUUUGUAAAUGUCAGUACAAAAAACAGGCUUUGAUUUUGUUUUAUGAUCAGCUGACAAACAAGUUGAAUUAUAUAUAUUUUAAUAUGUGCAAGAGGUAAGCGUUGCUACCGUUUCACGCUCCACUGAAAACAUUCAGAGAGAGAAUAUUUGUCAUACACUACAUUCAUGCUCGUAUGACGCACCAGCUUUAAAAACAAGGAUUUCCUGGAGCUCCACAAAGCAGCAGGACCUGUAUACUGUGGCCCAACAUAAUAUUGUGCUUCCUUAUUUUUUUGCAUAGACACGUAACAUUCCAUAGUGUCUCAUCAUUUACAGUAAAUACGUUAGAUUUCCGGGCUGCUCUGUAUCCUAAACAACGCUCGCUCUCACUUGUUAACACUUUAUGACCGUCUGUGUUGUGAUACACUGGAAUACACCACAAAGGGAAAAUAAUAGCAGUCUAAACUUGAAAAAAAAAAAAAAAAGAAAAAAAAGUAGCUUUAACCAAAGUCGUGUUGUGAAAGACGGGGAGUUACACUGAUGUUUGUACUUUUGUAACUGAUGCAUGAGGAAGUUCUCAAAGAUGUUGCUCUUAAAGUGUCAUUUACGUCAAAGGAAUUAAAACACCAAAGUGGUCAA